AAAUGACCAUCUUUAGCACGACGGCGUUGCCAGAUAGCGGAAUUCGCACCGCAAGAAGCAAUUGCAAGCAUCAAUUUGCAGGAUUUUCAGCUACAAAUGGCUGCCAAAAGCGCCGAGAAAGACAAGGGCGAGGGCCAGGAGCCCGCCGCCACAUUGGAGAACGAGAAUCCUCCUGAUUCUAGCGAGCCGGCAGGACAGAAGGCCGCAGAGAUGGAGACCACGACGCCGACCAAACGCGAUGGAGGACGCAAGCGAAAGCGGCAUUUGUUCAACUCCAUCCGCAGCCAGAUGGAGUUCUAUUUUGGUGACGCCAACCUAAGCAAGGACCGUUUCCUGCGACGCUAUGUCGACCAGGAUCCAUAUGUGCCGCUUGAGGUAUUUCUCACCUUUAACAAGAUCAAGACACUCACACAGGACGCGCAGCAGAUCGCCAAGUCGCUGAGCAACUCCCAGCUCCUAGAGCUAGACGAAUCCGGUCUAAAAGUAAAACGGAAGACAAAACUGCCGAAGCAGCGCGACGUCAACGACAAGACGCUGUAUGUCGAGGCCUUGCCGGCAAAUGCCACCCACGAUUGGUUGAAGGAGGUUUUCAGCCGAUACGGACCGGUGGCAUAUGUCUCCCUGCCCCAUUACCCCGGCACCAAAAGGAUCAAGGAGUUUGCCUUUAUUGAAUUCGAGAAAGCCGGGGCUGUGGAGAAGGCUGUUAAAGCCUUUGAGCAGAUUCAUGGCGUGCUCUCCGUGGAAACUGAUCCGGGUGAGCUGGCCAGCGUGCGCUCCUUCCAACAGCAGCAGCAACAACAACAGGAGAACCAGCAGCAGCAGGAGGAGCUUACUGAGCCGGAAGAGCCUCCCAAGAUAAGCCUAAAAAGGGAAAUACCAGACAAGAGUGGAGAAGGUCUCGAAGCGAAGCGAGUCAAGCUUGAGAAUGAGCAGCCGAGCGGAGUCUCCACUGCGGAGGAAACAGCCAGCGAAACAGAUGCGGAAGCUACAGUAGAAGCAUCCGAGCAGGAUGGCAAGCCAGAGGCGACUGACACCAAGAAGCGACGUCGCAAGCGCAAGAAGAAGGUGAUUAUGGAUAAGCCGAAUAUCGAGCCCAGUGCCUUGGAGCUCAAGGUUCUGCCCAAGACCAGCUGGAGCAGUUUGCGCAACAAGUACUUGAAUCUACAGCGCCGCCUCGUCAGCGAGGCCAAGAGCAAGCAGUGGCGCGAGAAUCAUCCUCAAAAUCAGCAGCAGCAUCACCACCAUCACAACCAUCAGGCUCACAACCACCCGAAUCCCCCCCAGCCCAAGCCAGAAGCCGUUAAGGAGGAGGAGAACAGUGCGGAGGCGUUAAGUGACGGCGGCGGCGAGCCUGGGGGUGGCGCCGGCGGCGAUGGAGUGCCAGUGCCAGUCAAGCGCCGCAAGGCUGUGCACAAAAUGAACAUGAACUUCUAUGGCGCUGGCGGCGUAGAUUCCACCAAGUCCGAGGAGCCUUCCCAGGAGCGCACGCCCCUCUUUAAAUAUGAGCCCGGACUCAUCGUCGAAUGCACUCUCCUCGAGCCCUGCACCAAUGUCAAGGAGUUCAAGGCCGACAUGCGCCAGUAUCCGGAUAUCAAGUACGUGGACAUCAAGGAGUCCGAUCAGGUGGCCCUGCUGCGCCUGGCCACUCCCUUAGCCGCCGAGGAGCUGGUGCGACAGGUGAGCUGCGCGGAGCGCCAGCUGAAGGUGCUUCGUGGCCAGCCUGAGACGCUCUACUGGCGCAAGAUCGAGCAGGAUCGCGAAGCGAAGCUCUCGAAGAAGGUGCGUGUUCAGCAGAAGCGCGGCAGGGAGAAGAUCUCCAAGAUGUUGGCCAAGCACAUCAAGUUCGACGAUGGUGAUGACGAGGUGCCUGGGGGUGCUAUCGACUGAGUGAUAACAUGGGCGGGAGGGCGAAGUUUGUUCUACAGUGCAUAAGAGCCUGCUGGUGUUAAAUCCAACAGCAGAAAAACCAAACGGUCUGAUUUGUUUUAUAAACAACACAACCAAUGUGCAUAGGCAUAGGAAAUACUGCUAGAAAAAUAUUUUAUUUUCGAUUAUUCGUGAAAGUAAAUGCCAAGAAAUAAAACCGAAUAAUACCUUUUAA